GGUGUUUGUGCCAGGGAGGGCUUACGGGGCUGAGCAUGGCUGGGGGGUCCCCACCAGUGCUGUCCCCCUCAUGCUGGCACCUCGUGACAGCCCCGUGUGCCAGCCCAGCUGUGGACGGGGGGUCAGCACCUGCUGGGAGGUGCAGAACGGGGGGGACCCCUGGCUCACUGCCCCCUCCCCCAGCCCGGCUGCCCUACGUGCCCCAGGUGCCCCCCAUGGCACUGCUGGGCAAGGUCACUGCCACCACCUUCGCGCUGGAGAGGCCCCGCUGCGUCUUCGACGGCCACGCCGAAGCCUCCGACGCCGUUUGGCUGGCGGUGGCCUUCGCCAACGCAUCGGCCGCCUUCAGAAACCCCCAGUCGCGGGCUGAGGUGCCCCCGUACCAGCAGCUGCCCUCUGCCCGCUCCUACAUGACGCUGGAGACGGCGGCGGCCGCGUUUUCCUGCUCGGCAGCGAGCCCGCCCGUGCUGCGGGUCGGGGCUGACACGGCGUGCAGGGAGCAGGGCAGGCAGGACCCCUGCAAUGGGCCCCUGCCCUCCCCGGGACCCUACAGGGUGAAGUUCCUGCUGAUGGGCUGCGGCGGCCCCAAGGCGGAGACGCGCUGGUCCGAGCCCAUCCUCCUGCGCACAGGUCCUUGUGGCACUGCCACCCCCCGCGGGUCCCCUGCACCUCCCUGGCUGGGGUGGUGGCACCGCAUCGGCCCUGUGCCAUCACCCCAAAAGCUGCGGGAGAAGCGAUCCCCGAUCCCACGCCCACCCCGUACCCCUCAUCCCGCCUCCUUGCAGCCGCCAGCCCGAGCGCCAUCGCCGCCGUGCCCGCCCGCCGGGGCAGUGCCGUGGUGGUCAUCGCCUCCAUCCUGGCCAGCCUGGGCGCCGUGCUGGCCACCGCCGUGCUCGGAGCCCUGGGUGCCAAGGCGUGGGGCUCCCGGUGCCACCAGGGCUUGGGGACCGACGCCUUCAUCCGCAGAUCCUACCGGACCCACCACAUCCCCCCGGCCGCGCCCCAGCCCCUGCCCCCCGGCUGCGGGGUGGGACUGUGAAGAUGGGGGACCUCAAAAACCAUGUCUGGCCCUGGCUUGGUGGCACUUGGUGUCGGUGUGGGGGGCACUGGUGGGUGCGUGGGGCGCGUCACCACGGGAUGUCCCCUGUGCCGGGUGA